GAGACAGGCGCAGUCUCGCCCUGGAGCGCUGUGUUUAGAUUCUCGCUGCCUCAUUGCCCUGGAAUUCAGGACUCGCCGAGAAUUCUGCUUCCGUCCAUGGUUCACCCCCACCCCCUUUCUCUCUCUUUCAGCUAAAGGUGUAGCGCGUACCCAUCAGUCUGCACAAACAUUCGUCCCCACUGAUCCGGAGCCAACAACGAACUGACAAAUGGCCAGUUCACCCCAGAAAUCUCCAUCCAUUCCUAAAUCCCCCGUCCCGAAAUCCCCCGGCUCUAGGAAAGAGGAUUCCUUCCUGGGUAAACUUGGAGGAACUUUAGCCAGAAGAAAAAAGGCCAAAGAAGUAUCAGAACUGCAGGAAGAAGGGAAAAAUGCCAUCAACUUGCCACUCAGUCCCAUUCCCAUUGAGUUGGAUCGUGAGGACACAAUGCUGGAGGAAAAUGAGGUUCGAACGAUGCUUGACCCAAACUCAAGACAUGACCCUAAACUACUCGAACUGAUGAGGGUUUUAAUUGACUGGAUCAAUGAUGAGCUGGUAGAAGAGAGGAUUAUCGUGAAGGAUUUGGCUGAAGAUCUCUAUGAUGGGCAAGUGCUACAGAAGCUGUUUGAGAAACUGGAGGGUGAAAAGCUGAAUGUAGCUGAAGUGACGCAGUCGGAAAUUGCCCAGAAACAGAAACUGCAGACUGUUCUUGAAAAAAUCAAUGAAACGCUUAAACUGCCACCCAGAAACAUCAAGUGGACGAUUGAUAGUGUUCAUAUGAAGAGUCUGGUUGCCAUUCUCCACCUGUUGGUUGCAGUUUCCCAAUACUUCAGGGCACCAAUCCGACUCCCGGAUCACGUCUCUGUUCAAGUGGUGGUUGUCCAGAAAAGAGAGGGAAUUCUGCAGUCUCGGCAUAUCCAAGAAGAAAUCACUGGCAAUACUGAAGCUUUGUCAGGGAGACAUGAAAGGGAUGCCUUCGAUACUCUGUUUGAUCACGCACCAGACAAGCUCAAUGUUGUCAAAAAGACACUGAUCACAUUUGUGAAUAAACAUCUGAACAAAUUAAACCUGGAAGUUACAGAAUUAGAGACACAGUUUGCAGAUGGUGUCUACUUGGUGCUCCUUAUGGGACUCGUUGGGAACUAUUUUAUACCUUUGCACAACUUCUUUCUCACCCCAGACAGCUUUGAACACAAGGUCCAUAAUGUGUCCUUUGCAUUUGAGCUGAUGCAGGAUGGAGGUUUGGAGAAACCGAAGCCUCGAUCGGAAGAUAUCGUGAACUGUGACCUGAAGUCUACCCUGCGUGUACUCUACAACCUGUUUACCAAGUACAGGAACGUAGACUAACCUGAGGGGCAGGUGGUUCUCUCCAGGAACCUGAAUAAAACGCAGCCAUAGCAACACCAACUUCAUUUCCAGGAGCCCUGUUCCAGCAGUGGGCUGAACUGCCGAUCACACUCAUCUUGUAAUGUUCAAACAGUGGUAUUUCAAGAUUCUUCGUUGGUUACAAGAUUGUUAGUCCUUUAUAAAUAUAUAUAUAUAGUGAAAAGCACUUGAACUACAAAAACUAGAAUCAAAUUGGACUCAGCAAACACCAGUACUUUGAAGGUUAAGCUAUUGCAUUCUGAUGUUAAAUAAAAGUCAGUUAAUGUGGAA